AUGGGUGCUUUAUUUUCGAUUCCGAUGCUCUCUUUUUUGCUAGUUCCAGCUAUGUCCUCGUAUGGUACGAGUUUGAAUCUCUUAUUCUUCUACAUAACCUGGACAACCUUGGUGCUUUCGCAUUCACCACUGAAGGUUGAGAUUGUGGGAACCAUUGCAGUCCGCUUACUGUUUUAUUUGAUACCAUCAUUGAUCUUCUUCCUUUUUGAUGUGCUCGUUCCUUCCGCUGCAGUGAUAUUGAAAGCACACGGAUCGCAUGGUCUACCGUCGGGAAAGAAAAGGAAAAGCGGGAAAAAGGAGGCCAAGGUAGCGGCGUGUGCGGUGUUUAAUUUGCUGCUGGGAUUGCUGGUGCAAGCAUCCAUCGAGGUCUGUUUGACGAAGGGAUUAAAGAUGAAAAGUGCGAUAAAAGUUUCCACGCGAUUGCCAUUGCCUUGGGAGAUUUUGACAGACCUCUUACGUGGUCUGUUUGGUCGCGAGCUUCUUGAAUAUAUAAUACAUCGCUAUAUUUUGCACUCAUCGACUCUCCGUGUCGCCAAAAACCAUGAUACAUGGUACCAUGCGCUGCAUACACCUUACCCUCUAACCGCUCAUUACGACCAUCCGAUCCCAUACCUUCUUCUAAGAUUCCUUCCGAUGUUUCUCCCGGCGGCCAUCUUCCGUUUUCAUUUACUGUCCUUUAUCCUAUAUCUUUCGUUGAUCUCCUUGGAAGAGACGUUUGCAUACUCUGGAUACAAGGCCAUGCCUACAAGUUUCUUUAUCGGAGGAAUCGCGAAACGGGUCGAGAUGCACCUGACGAAUAGUGGUAAUGGAAACUACUCACCAUGGGGAAUUAUGGACUGGAUUUUUGGAAGCUCGAUCGGUGAUAGCGUUGCCGAUGACAGCCUCGAGGAUACGGAGGAGUUUGAUGUUGAUGAGCUGGCAGAGAAACUUAUGGAGAGAUCAAGGAAGAGACGAAGAGGUCUAAAGAGGCAGUCGAGAAAGAGGACUGACUCCUAAGGUCUGCUAGUAUUUUGGGUGGAUGCUUCCAGAUAUUUAUGGUGAUGUAUAUCUCUGCGGAAUUGUGAAAUAUUAGUCAUUCUGUAGGUGGGAAGGGUUAGAUAUCCAAUAUGGGAAAAGGCGUCGCGUCGGUCGGUUCGAUGAGUUCAGCACCAAAGUAUGCUAUGUUUUCAAGAUGGAGUUGCGCGGCAAUUCGAAAGCGCAUGCAUGGCACACCGGUCUGAAGGUGAAUAUUUGUAUUGCAAUUUUCGAGGUUACUAUUUGCUUUCUGCAAUAGAAGGUGUUUCGAAGUAAAAAUCACCUAUGGCAAUUGCAUAAGUGUACAUAUGUUUAAUGACGUUUUGCAAAUUUCCCUCUCUCGCAUACAAACAGAAAAAGGACAUUAAACCGUAGCUCCUCAACCCGCAUCUACCAUUUCAUUUCAUGAGGCUUGUCACCUGUCCGCAGGCUGAAAGUGGAGGCAAGGUAACUGCCGAGGAAUGGCUCUUUCUUGAUGGUGGCCAAAAGAGCCUGAUCUAUGGCCUUCUGGUCGGCGGCGCGUGCGCUGGCGACCUUCUUCUUCUGUUCCCAAGGAUGAAAUAUUAGCUUCCACUUUCCACGUAAUGAACCCCCUUUCAUUUUACCAAUAGAUCUCUGUCAUAAGGGCCACCAUAACUUCACAUACCUCUGGCUUCUCUCCCUGCUUGAAGAAAGCUUCUUCACCCUUCUUCUGCUCGGCCUUCUCGCGAGUGAAGUACUCGGGCUGCGAAACCUUUUCCAACGUUUUCUGGUCCACACCGUUCAAGUCGACAGUCGAGCUGGUGGCGAUGACAUAUCUGGCGUUUACUCGUCGGAGAGGAACACCGU